AUGCUUCGCUCAAUACCCGCACGACGUGCUAUUCGCACAAUUGGCAAUCACGCGAGAUGGAUGGAGGUCGCUGGUGCGAGGGGCUUGUCAAAUCGUGUGAAGGCGGCGGGUGGUAUUAUGGUUGAGAAGAGCGGUACUAGGGCGCAGGCUACUGCUGCUCCUCAGGUCUCUAGUCAAAUUAGAGAAUCUCCUAGUCCGGCUUUCAAUGCCACGCCUUCGCAAAGUGAUUCGAGAAAGGAAUUGUCGGGACAGGGACAGAAAUAUACAGAGAUGGAUGAGUCAUUUAUUGGGAUGACCGGUGGAGAGAUCUUCCAUGAAAUGAUGUUACGGCAGGGUGUCAAGCAUAUCUUUGGUUAUGCAGGAGGUGCCAUUUUACCAGUGUUCGAUGCGAUCUACAACUCAAAACAUUUCGAAUUUAUCUUACCAAAACACGAACAAGGUGCCGGACAUAUGGCAGAAGGAUAUGCUAGAGCUUGUGGCAAACCUGGUGUGGUUCUCGUUACAUCUGGACCUGGUGCUACUAAUGUUAUUACCCCAAUGCAGGACGCUUUGUCUGAUGGAACACCAAUGGUAGUUUUCACUGGACAAGUCGUCACUACUGCGAUCGGAAGUGAUGCUUUCCAAGAGGCUGAUAUCAUUGGUAUCUCAAGAGCUUGCACAAAAUGGAAUGUUAUGGUUAAGAAUAUUGCCGAGCUUCCAAGAAGAAUUAACGAGGCUUUCGAAAUCGCCACCUCCGGACGACCUGGACCAGUUUUGGUAGAUUUACCAAAGGAUGUUACAGCUGGCAUUCUCCGAAAAGCUAUUCCUUCCCACCACAUCAUGCCGUCUUUACCAAGUCAGGCCUCGAGAGCGGCACAGGCUAUCCAAAGGAAACAACUCCAAGGCUCAAUCGAACGAGUUGCGAAAUUGAUCAACAUCGCCAAGAAACCAAUCAUUUAUGCUGGUCAGGGUGUUAUUUCCACACCAGAGGGCCCUAGAUUGCUCAAGGAACUUGCAGAAAAGGCAUCUAUUCCUGUAACGACAACUCUUCAAGGUCUUGGUGGAUUUGACGAGCUUGAUGAGAAAUCUUUACACAUGCUUGGUAUGCACGGUUCUGCAUAUGCUAACCUUUCCAUGCAAGAAGCCGAUCUCAUUAUUGCUCUUGGAGCACGUUUCGAUGAUCGUGUAACUGGAAGUAUUCCCAAAUUCGCACCAGCAGCAAAGGCAGCAGCAGCUGAAGGUCGUGGUGGUAUUGUUCACUUCGAAAUUAUGCCAAAGAAUAUCAACAAGGUUGUUCAGGCUACCGAGGCAGUUGAAGGUGAUGUUGUUACCAACCUUGCUCAUCUUCUUCCAGUUGUCGAGAAGAAAACUAUGGAUGACCGCAAGGAAUGGUUCGACCAAAUUAGAUUUUGGAAGGAGAAAUUCCCUCUUUCUCACUAUGAAAAGGCUGAACGAGAUGGUCUUAUUAAGCCACAAACUUUGAUCGAGGAACUCUCAAAUUUGACAGCCGACAGAAAAGAGGAGACUAUCAUCGCUACAGGUGUCGGUCAACAUCAAAUGUGGACUGCACAACAUUUCAGAUGGAGGUACCCAAGAACUAUGAUUACAUCUGGUGGUCUUGGUACUAUGGGUUACGGUCUUCCAGCAGCUAUUGGUGCCAAGGUUGCCAAACCUGAUGCUCUUGUCAUCGACAUCGACGGAGAUGCUUCUUUCAACAUGACACUCACUGAGCUUUCUACCGCAGCUCAAUUCAACAUCGGUGUUAAGGUCAUUGUCCUUAAUAAUGAAGAACAAGGAAUGGUGACUCAAUGGCAAAAUAUCUUCUACGAGGAUAGAUAUUCUCAUACUCACAGCGUCAACCCAGAUUUCAUGAAAUUGGCAGAUGCAAUGGGUGUGCAACACAGAAGAUGUAUCAGGCCAGAUGACGUAAAGGAUUCUUUGAAAUGGUUAAUUGAGAGUGAUGGACCCGCGCUUUUGGAGGUUGUCACUGAUAAAAAGGUACCUGUCUUACCGAUGGUACCAGCUGGAAAUGCAUUACAUGACUUUUUGGUCUAUGAUUCAGUCAAAGACAAGGAGAGAAGAAAGAUGAUGAAGGAGAGAACCAGUGGUUUACAUGGAUAA